AUGAACUCUCAAAAUGGUGAGACCAAGGACAACAAUUGUGUCGUCGCCGAUCCCGAAACAGAGAAUGAACGGAGUGAAAUAAACUCUGUAAAUGAAAAUAUUUACUCUGAUCCUCAAAAUUCCGAUGUCGAGAAAAACAGUUUUGUGAACAUUGAAGCCAUUGAAGCCAAUUCGUUUGUUGAUAACAAUUUAGCUGCCAGUAGUGGCGUUUCUGAAAUCGAAGAAAUUGAUGCCAGACAUGAACAGUUACUGAAUUUUCCUGUGAAUGAUAAUCCACAUCAGUUAAGACUUUACAAUGUUGAUCAUAUGACUGAACAAGGGACUGAACUACAUUUCACUGAAGUCCUUGAAGAUAAACGGGAAACUAACGAACUACGAGAAAUCCAUGAAGAGAUUCAUCGUGUUUCUAGACCUGAUGAAUCUUAUAAACUUAGCCUUCCAGAUUCUCUUAUAAAUGCUAAUAACGAGUGUAUCAGCAGUCACACAGAAGUAGCAGAAGACCUCAGGAGGCGCGAAGAGUUGAUAGAAAGGUACAGACAAUCUUUACACGAACAGAAAGCUGUCAAAGAUUUGAACCUCCAGCUCCAAACAAAGUUGGCUGAAUACUUUAGACGUAAAAAAGUUGAGGCCUCUGAUCAACAGACCACACGGUCAAGCAUUAGCGGUAUAGUGAGUGACUCUUCUACAGAUUAUGAGCAGAAAUAUAUCAAGUAUAUCUCAGAUAUCUCUGACCUUCGUCACCAGUGUAAGGUAAUGCAAUCUUCUUAUACUGAGCAGAUUAACGAGAUGAAAAUCUUAUGCCAGAAAAAACAAGAAGAAGUUGAUAAAGCCUACCAAGAUUUUACGGAAUUUAAGUAUAACGUAGGAAGGAAGGCGAUAAAUACUCGUACUGGGAAACCAAUAAGCUCUAAAGAACUUUCUUCUAUGUUUACGACCGAAAAAAAUAAAGAAGCCAUGGUCAGAGAAGUUAGGCUAGAAAACAUAAAGCUAAGAAAUCAACUCUCAAAGGUUGAGGCUCUGCUAAGGUCCAGAGAUGAACUGUCAGAAGGCUUACAUUUAAUUGAUUUUGAGCAGUUAAAAAUCGAGAAUCAAACAUUUAAUCAAAAAAUCGAGGAAAGAAACGAAGAGCUGAGCAAAUUAAAACGGAAAAUUUCGAACACAGUUCAAAUAAUUACUCAUAUCAGAGAAAAACUUCAAGCUGUUCUUGACAGUAAUGCCUGUCAGAAGAAAAUACUCGAUAGUAUCGAUAGGGAUUUGUCACUAAACAAAGACCAUCUAACAAAAAUUAGAAAGGCUAGAGAACUUCUUAAGACUGAGAAUGCCAAACUUCGCCGGUCUUGUGGACUUUUAGGAAGAAAUGCUUUGUUACUAAACUACGAAGAUUCAUUUGACUCUGUAGUAAACAAAAGACAGUCUUUGGAAGAAACAAAGCGCAUUACUGCAAACUACCGACUUCAAACAAAGGCUUUGACUCAAAAAAUUAAGAGCCUGCAGAACAAUAGGACAGCUUUUUGA